CAAGAAAAAAAGAAUCUUCAAACAAAUAUGUCACUUGUGAAUUCUGCAGUGGCCGAGAAAUAAAAAUUUAACUAAAAGAAAAAAUUAUUAAAAAAAUGGUGUUCAACUUUUCGGCCUUCACAUAUAUUGUAGCCCUAAUCGGGGAUGCAUUUUUAAUAUUCUUUGCUAUUUUCCAUGUUAUCGCAUUCGAUGAACUCAAAACAGACUACAAAAAUCCCAUUGACCAGUGUAAUAGUCUGAACCCGCUAGUGCUCCCCGAAUAUUUGCUGCAUAUCUUCCUUAAUUUAUUGUUCUUGUUCUCAGGCGAAUGGUUUUCGCUCUGUAUAAAUAUACCUCUAAUUGCGUACCAUGUAUGGCGGUACAAAAAUCGACCUGUGAUGACCGGACCAGGGUUAUACGAUCCGACAACUGUCCUGAGUACUGAUAACCUGUCCAAGAAUAUGCGGGAGGGGUGGAUUAAGUUGGCCAUUUAUUUGAUCUCAUUCUUUUACUAUAUUUAUGGAAUGGUAUACUCACUGAUUUCAACGUAAAAUGUACUUGUAACGAAGUUACCAAAGAAAUUAAAAGAACAAAUUAAAAAAAAAACACAAAACUGAGUAAAGGUUAAUUUUUUUUCUCGAUUGAAAAAGAACGCAACUCAAAACUCAUCAUACAUAAUAAACAAGAAAACAUAAAACCACACACAAAACACAACACUGAUCUGCAUUAAAACUAAACAACUAAAAAAUGUUUAUUAAUCUAACAUUAUUCAUUACUGUAAGCAAUACUUUUUUCAUAAAAAUGAAUUAUUUGAUUACUCGAAAUAAACACAAAAUUUCAACAAACUAAAUUGUUGUAU